AUGCAGAGCCGAACUGUCUUUACAAAUCAAACACCCCUUCCCAGCACAGUCUCCGAAGAUGUCGUAUUACGAACACUUCGCGACCACGCCGCGAUGAUCGAGCAGAAUCCCCUAGUCAUCCACUAUGAACAAUGUGCUCCCCCGGAAGAUGCGCCCGCAGACGAAGCCAACGGAAUCUGGUAUGAGCUGACGGACCGGAUUUCAUAUCUUCCGUGGGGUCUGCUGCAAGGCAAGGUCCGAUAUCGAGGAUGUUUCCAUGAUACUCCACAAGGUCUCCGAACACAUAUUUAUGCGCCUAUGGGGGUCCAUAUUCGCAAUCAUUGGACGGUGCAGCGCAGGCGCAGGGAGACUUAUGCAGGCGAAGCUGAUCCGUCUGGUGAAUUGUAUUUGCAGGAGCAGAUUGAGCUUCGUUGUCCAUUCGGAACGACGAGUUUCGUGCGUCGGACGCUGUCACAGGCGCAUCGCGAGUUAGUGGCGCGACUGGGGGAGGCUGGGAGGGGUUGA